ACAAACAACGAAGCACUCCGAGUAUACGACUACUUCACAACAAUGCUAGACUUAGCUUUACCUUGAUACUUCAUUCCUCUUCAACCGAAAGACAGUAUCGCCAACAUCAAUCGACACGGCCCAUAGCCUCGCCCCGCAAAUAUGCUGCAGUUCCAAACGCAAGGCUAUAACGGCUAUGCCGUGAAAUACUCGCCAUUCUUUGAUUCUAGAAUUGCCGUCUCGGCAUCGAUGAACUUUGGGCUUGUAGGCAAUGGCCGACUUUAUAUUUUAAACCUCACACCGAAUGGCAUUGUUGCCGAGCAAACAUAUGACACACAAGACUCCCUCUUCGACACAGCCUGGUCGGAAGCGCACGAGAACCAAGUUGCUGUUGGAUGCGGCGACGGCUCAGUCAAGCUCUUCGAUAUCUCUGUCCCACAAUUCCCCGUCCAGUCGUGGCAGGAGCACAAGCGCGAGGUUUUCUCUGUAUUCUGGAACCUAGUCGCCAAAGACACAUUUGCGUCUUCCUCUUGGGAUGGAACUAUUAAGAUUUGGUCACCACAUCGCCCUCAAUCCCUCACCACCCUCCCCACCCAUUCCUGCACCUACUCCACAGCAUUUAGCCCGCACUCCCCCUCCGUCCUCUCCUCCGUCUCCUCCGACUCCCACCUCCGCAUCUUCGACCUUCGCACCCCAACCUCCGCCGCAAACCACCUCGUCUCCUCAAUCCCCAUCCACACCCCCCUCCCCCACGCCUCACAGAUCCAACCCGUCGGUUCCAACCGCCCACCCACCGCCUUCCAGCCCUCCGAAGCACUCACCCACGACUGGAACAAGUACCGCCCCAACACCAUAGCCACGGCGGGUGUCGAUCGCAUCAUCCGAACCUUCGACAUUAGGAACUACUCCGCCCCGCUUACUAUGCUCCAGGGCCACGAAUACGCGAUCCGCAAGAUCGCGUGGUCCCCGCAUCUUCCCGAUGUCCUGCUCUCCGCCUCCUACGACAUGUCGUGCCGUAUCUGGACGGAUGGCUCGAAUGGUGGAGUAGGCCGCGAGUUGGGCCGCAUGAAUGCGCAUACGGAGUUUGUGACGGGUGUGGAUUGGUGCUUGUUUGGUGCUGAGGGCUGGGCAGCGAGUUGUAGUUGGGAUCAGAGGGUUUUGAUUUGGGAUGCUAAGAGUUUCAUGGGUGGACCGUAGGUAUGAUGAGGGAGGAUGAGCUUGGGGAGGUUGGUGGAAGAAAGAGAAGGGACCGCAGGAUAUCUAGAUGCUCUAUUUAUGCAGAUGAGGGGAGAUAGCAAGUAUAUGGCGUUGUGGAGUUAGGUAAAAUUAUAGAUGACCUUGUGAAGGUGGACUUGGAGACAGACAUCACCAUUACAAUACAACGUGGUAGCCAAGAAG